CCUGUCCAGUCAGAAGCCAUAUUGGAAUCUAUGAAGAAGGUUUGCACUUUGAUGGAACGGAGUGUCUGUCGUUUUGGGAGUCUUUAAAUCGUUAUCCCGGAUUUAUACCCGAGUGAUUACGCAAGGCAUUCCACUUGACACCCUGACAAGUCUGGACGGCAAGUUGUCUCGCUUCUUCUGUGGAAAAAAUGAGUCCAACCGAUGCUAAACGUGGGGCUAAACGCAGGAAGAACAAGCGGGGCGGUGGCAGUAGCUGCAGUACUGUCUGCAAUACCAGCGGUGGCAAGGCCGGGGUUGCCUCGGCCCUAGGCUGUGCAGGAACACCUGCCUCUGUCGUCAGCUUUUUAACACCUGGGAGUACAGGCAGCGGGAAUGUAGGGUCCAUUACGGGCAUAAACGGAGAGGUCAAAGUGAACAACAGUGUAACACCGCAGUUCACGGAAGGGCCGGUGAACGCUGAUUUCUCUGGAGUCCUUCAGACCCCUUUCACAUUUGGCUUAAACCAGCGUGCACCCUACACGGCCGGUGAUCGUUGCCUCUUAUGCCGAUGUGAGCGUAAAGACAGUGCCAUGCCUUCAGAAACAGGGAUCUUGGGCCAGAAUGGUACAUUACAGUCUGCCAAGACACCCAGUGCCCUUCAGCUGCCUCUAUGGGUGUGCUCUGACUGCAGGCGCACAGUCGAGAAGGAGGAUCGACACACUGCUCUGGAGCAGUCGUUGGGGAGCCAGGAUUUUCUUUUGCACAUGCCUCCUGUGGGUAAUAGAAACCUGGGCCAGGUGGCAGCCACAGGAGACAGACUUACCACUGCUGCGCCCACACUACCCAUGCUCCCUGCCCCAGACCUCACCGCACCAAUGCCUGCUGAUACAGUGUGUAGCUGCGAAGCCUGCAAUGAGAGACGGGAGAUCUCUGCUGAGUCAGAGAGGGAGUCACAGCAACUCCAGAACCACUGGUCAGAGGUUCGCUACCUGGUGCGCUGCAUCUACCGUCAGACAGGAACACCGCUAGCAGACGAUCAUGACCAGCCCUUAGAGAGAGACAAGGAGGGCAUGAAAGAGCUGGUGGACAGACUGUGUGAGAAGGACCCCUACCAGCUGUAUCAACGCUUGGAGCAGCAAGCUCGUGAAUACGUAUUGGAAAUGAAGGUGCGACUACUGAAGCACCUCUCUGCAGGCUCCAAGACUACAGGACCAGCAGGGACUGUGCCUGCAGCUCAGGGUCCUCCUCAGGCCCACCAGUUUAUCUCCCUGCUGCUGGAGGAGUACAGUGCCCUAUGCCAAGCUGCACGCACCAUCAGCAGCUUCCUACUCACCCUGGAGAAUGAGCACCUCCAGAAAUUCCAGGUGACGUGGGAGCUGCACAACAAGCACCUUUUUGAGAAUCUGGUGUUCUCUGAAACGAUCUUGCACAGCAGUUUACCUGCACUGGUUGCACAGUUGAAACAUGGCACAGCCUCCCAUGAUUCAUACAACGAAGACAUGUACAGAACCUUGUUAGAGAGCUACCAGCAGCUACAACAGGAGAUGACCUCAGUGGCUGCUGAAUGGCAGGAAUGUGAAAAGAGGAUUGAUGACUAUGUAGAUGAACAGCUGCUUUUUAAGGUGGAGGGCCAGAGUCUCACCAACCAAAGAACUGCGCCACACAAGUCUUUGAUUAGCAAAAACACUUUGAAGACUAAGCAGAGGAUGCUAAAGGAAGACUGGGAGUUCUUCAAGCAGAGGAGAUUUAUAGAAGAACAGCUACCUAACAGUAAGAAGUCCCCCAGCAGCGAUAACAAUUUCACAGACACUAUGAGGAUGCUGUCAUCUCGUCUAAGUAUUCCAGACUGUCCAAACUGCAAUUACCGAAGAAGAUGCACAUGUGAUGAUUGUAGUCUCUCGCACAUCCUGACAUGCGGCAUUAUGGACUCUCCCAUCUCCGAGGACCUCCACAUCAAGCUGCCUCUACAAGGGGAUCCUCCUCAGGAUUACCUGUCAGAGGUGCACCCUCCCAGCCUCUCCUCUGGCAGCUCAGCAUCUGGCUCCAACUCCAGUUCUCCCAUUACCAUUCAGCAACAUCCAAGGCUCAUUCUGCCUGAAGGGGAUACACACACUUUUAUUAGUGAUGAUGAUGAAGUGCCUCCAUUGUCCAGUAAGUUUGGAGACAUCUACCCUAUGACUGGCUAUGAGGAGAACAGCGUUGUGACCUCUGCUGUCAAUGGCCUGCACAGUGAUAUCAAUGGGGAAGGGGAAAACAUGACACUGAAGGCAGGGUCUCCUCACAUUACCAGCAGCAGUAGUUCAUCAGAGGGUGACGAGGAGGAAGCUGAUGGUGAGGUUGGCGGGGAGCCCCCUGGGCAGCAGGAAGACAUUUCCUCAGGAAAGACCAACAGUCUUCCACCCUCUUACAGCCACCAACAGGUAGAACAGGUCCAGCAUGCCUGUGAGUGCCACGUGUGCAAUCAGGACCCCGUUUCCUCUACCCUGGGCCCUGCCACCCGCCUGCCCCCUAGUCGGCUCCACGCUACGCCUCCCUCUGUUGUUGGACACCAGUUCUUCACAGACAGCAAGACUCCCCCUGCCCACCCUGCCCUCCAUCUCUUCCCCCACAUUCAUGGCCACCUGCCCCUACACAACUUCUCCCGGCCUCUGCUGCAUCCUACACUCUACCCCCCUGGUCCUCCACUCACACACAACAAGCCUCUGCCCCCAAACCCUACAUCCAACCACUCAGCAGCCAAGCAGCCAGCCUUCAGCCCAUCAUUACCAGAGCACGUCUAUCAGAACUGCUUUGGUGGUGCAGGUGGAGCAGGUGACUGGAACAGCUCUCUGCAGUGCCUCUCACUCAAGUUUGAGAACCUAUGGGAUGCUGCUGUGAUGAAGAACUGGAAUCCAUCUGUGCUGCUGCCCGAGUCCCUGCCAGGUGACAUGCUUGGACCACCCCUCACUGACGUACCCCUACCUGCAACGUCAUCAGUCGGCCCCCAAGGGGAGCACCCCUCGUUGCCCACCCCUCUACUCCCCUCAUCUUCCUCAUCCUUAUCAUCCUCGUCAUCAUACUCCUCUUCAGAAGCCAAAGAGCAGAAGAAGAGCAGUGCCAAAAAGAAGUGUCUCUACAAUUUCCAGGAUGCCUUCAUGGAGACCAACCGAAUAGUGAUGGCCACCUCCGCCUCCACAUCCUCUGUGUCCUGCACUGCUACCACUGUCCAGUCAAGUAAUAACCCACCCCUCCAUCUUUCAUCUAAAAGACCCAACUCUUUAGAUGAUGUAUUUCACAAUCUAGCUAAAGAGGACCACCGGCAGCCAACUCCAGCCCCCCCUAGAAACAGCUCCACAGGUGUAACCUCCCUGCCUUCGCUCUCAGGCCCCGCAUUGCCCCCAGCACCCACCACUCACCUUCCCACAAUGGGAUCACAGCCCUUUCCAAAGAUGGGUGCUCCAGCCCCAGACUUUGUGGAAUCCCACCAGGGUUUAUGUCUCCCACCCGCAGAACCUCCAGCCUCCUCUGUAGAUGGUCCUGUCAGUGCCCCACCCAGUGUCUGCAGUGAUCCUGACUGUGAGGGUCAUCGUUGUGAGGGGAAUGGGGCAUAUGAACACCAGCCGUAUGAUGGAGAAGAGAGUCAGGAUGAGGACAGCUGCUCCGAGCAUAGCUCCUCCACCUCAACUUCCACCAACCAGAAAGAUGCAAAGUACUGUGACUGUUGCUACUGCGAGUUCUUUGGGCAUGGCGGGCCCCCAGCUGCUCCUACAAGUCGAAACUAUGCAGAAAUGAGGGAGAAGCUGCGCUUGCGUCUGACAAAACGUAAGGAGGAGCAGCCAAAGCGUGAGGAGCAGCAGCCAGUUAUAGAACGUGAUGGAGGCGUGGAGGACCACAGGCGGGUGGAGGACCUGUUGCAGUUUAUCAACAGUGCCGACAGUAAACCUGCCUCCAGUUCUAAGGCAGCAAAACGGGCCAGGCAUAAACAAAAGAAGAUGGAGGAGAAAGCUCGUCUGGAGGCAGAGGCCCGUGAAAGGGAGGAGCAACAGGUGUUGGAGGAGCGGCAACGGAGACAGCAGCAGGAAGAGGAAGAGGCAGCACUUCAAAAAGAAUUGCUUCGACUGCAGGAGCUGCAGCAGCAUCGUGCUGCCAAGAAAAAAAAGAAAGAGAAAGUGAAGGAAAAUACAGCUCCCCCUCAAAACAACCCACAGCCCCUAAAACAGACAGCUCAGAACGUCCUAAAUAACCUUCAGAACGGAAAGUCACAGCUGCUUCAAACCCUCAUGCACCUCCCUGAGCAGAGAGAACCCAGAUUUGAACCCAUACCCCAGCCCAACACGCAUCACAGCCCAAAACGAACCAGAGACAAAGAAUUUUCUACUGAGACCAAUGUCCCCAAUUUUCCAGUCGCCCUCCUCAAUGGCACAUCUACAUCUUACCUUGGGGUCAAUAGUAAGGUUAAGGCCCAGCAGUCUGCUAAAAUGACUUGUGAGGCUGCAGUAAAGAAAGCCCCAGAGUUACUCAAGAACUCAGAUGUGACAGCAAAGCUAGCUAAUGGCACUACAACAGACACCAAAGCAACGCGAGUAAGGCCUGCUGAGGCCCUAGUUCCUCUCCCAGCCACUGAACUGAGGAGGGAGGACAGGAGUAACAGUGGAAAAAGGCAGCAGCAACAACAAUCCCUAACCCAAAUAAAGGAAGACAGGAGAAGUCCACCUGUGUCAAACUCCUCCCCAUCUCCCCCUCCAGCCUUCCAGCCUGAGCAGACCCAACAGAAUGGCAAACCCCCAAGUGCAGAGUCCCCUCAGCCCAAAGGCAAGACCAAAAAGAACAAAAAGAAGAAGGGGGACAAGAUGAACAGCUCAAUAGAUGAUGUAUUCUUGCCCAAAGACAUUGACCUGGAUAGUACUGAAAUGGAUGAAACGGAGAGGGAGGUGGAAUAUUUCAAAAGGUUUUGCCUGGAUUCUGCUCGGCAGACCCGUCAGCGGCUUUCCAUCAACUGGUCAAACUUUAGUUUGAAGAAAGCUACAUUUGCUGGACAUUGAGGGUGUUAGUGACUGACUGUCAGGACACAAUCAGUACCUUAACAGCUAUACCAACCUACACAUCCAACCCCUACCCACGUCCCUUUACCGCCACUCAACUGUUGUCCUCUCAGAACUUCUUUCCCGCUGUGCCCAAAUCACACCCACGCUGCCUUGCUUUGUUCUUGUCUGUGUGGUUCCUACACAGGCCCAUCUGGACUGAUCGACGUACACAACUGAAACAAAAAUGAGAUGACAUGACAAAGAAUCACGAAAAAGCUACUUUACAUCUGAUUAGUUUUCCUUGCGUGCUUGUGUGCUUUUAGUCUGAGUUGGGCAUUUCUCUUGACUGAAAAAGCCAUGGUAGGAAAUUAUUUUCUUAUAUUGGCUUACCUUGUAGUCAAAAAGGUGCGUUCUCUCUCUGGUUUCCUUCCAAAAAUGAGACAGUGGAAGCUACUAAAAGUGAGAAAUGUAAUAAUUAAAAGCUGUAUUUGAGAUUUUGUGGCUUACUAUCCCAUCGUUUCCUGUCCCUGGCAUGACAUUUUUUCAUAUACAUGAUUGACAAGGGAAUGGGCUUGGUCAGCUGGUCUCCACUCCCUGAUUUCCCACUACCACAUCCUAUUUCACAGAAAGGAAGAAGGUGUAAUACUUGACAAUGUUCUUUUUUUGGUUUCUUGGUUCUGUUUAACAAACUGAGUAAAAGUGUUCCAGUUACAGUUUUUGUUUUCUGUCUUUUUGACCUGUAGCCAGCUUGUAUCAGAGUACUUUCAGAAUGAAAUUGAGAACAAUACUCACUAUCAAUCUGUUAAAGAGUGUAUAUUGUAUUAACACUGAAGCCAAACUGGCUACUUUUAACAUAUUGUUAAGUAAUAUUAAAUCUUGUCUUUCUUUUUUGAAAGAUGGAAUACAGUAGUAUGGCAGGAUAA